AUGUCAAAAACUAUCAUUCUAGCUCUAUUAGCUACUUACAUGAUUUCAAUUACUCUUGCCGCAAGCAAUUCUCCAACCUGCAGUUCCCACCUUGCUUUUGCAAAGGCUAAGAAUGUUCUCACUAAUGUUCUCUAGUCUGAUAGCAAAGGAAAGUCUAAAAAUGAGGCUCUUCAAAAGUAAUUCCAAAAUGCUAAACCUGCCAAUAGAACUGCUGCUGAUUUAGGCGUUUGCUCUCAAUAUGCCAAUCAAAAUUCUUGUUGUGAUAAAAAUAUGGUAAAGCUCAUCGAUAAUGCUGCUUUACUAAAGGUUAAGCCAAUUUUAUAAUCCAAAAGUGCUUUCCAAAAGCUUGUCAGUGUUUAUGUUACUUAAGUCAACAAAAACUGUUCUAACACUGUCCUUCCUUCUACUCCUCUUACUUUUGAUGCUAUCUUUGCUAAUACAACCUUAAAAGUUUUACAAGCCAACAAAACAGCUCAAGCCACUUGCAGAAUCAACUUCGCUAAGGCUAUUUCAUCUUUCACAAGAGGUGCUUUGUGCUCUAUUUGUGCUGGUGUUGAAAAAAUCAAUGAUUACUUCAAUGCUUAAGGUUAACUUAAGGUUUCUCAAUCCUCAGUUAGCACCUUCUUAUAAUCAACUGACCAAGCUAUAUCUUGUACCGCAAGUUUCUUUACUCCCUCUAAUAUAGAAUUGAUUGUUAAAGAAUUGAAUGCUGCUUACAUUAAGAAUAAUGAUAAAUGUGGAGCUAAUGUUCUUGAUAAUAUUAAAACUAUUUUUGCUAAUCCUAAAAUUUCUAACGAUGAUGGUAAGGGUGGUAAAAUAUGUAAAGGUACAACUAUAUUUGGAGAUAACUCAUCUUGUGAGAAUAUUUUACAAGGAGAUGCAUCUCUUGAGAAGAAAUUGAGAUUAUUGAGAGCUGAGGAAGAAGAAAUUAACAGAUUAUUAUAAGCUUCACCUGAUGCUGUAAUAGAUCCAAAUGGUGUUAGUGUUUACACUACAAGCAACUCUGACAAUUAAAUUGAUGAAACUGGAAACGGAAUAUCUCCUAGCUUUGAUUAAAUUAGCACAAAUCAGGCUAUUUAAUUAGCUUUUGCUUCAAUAUUAAUGAGUGUUUUUAUUCUACUAAUUUGA